AUGGGGCCGAGGCGGGUUGCUGUGACCCAAGCGAAUUCUGCUGCGAGAAUGUCGGGGCAAGAUGCUGAGAGCCCGCGACGAGCAGCGUCGCCUAGCGAGCGAGCUGCGAACCUGGAGGAUGAGAACUCCCGGUUGACCGAAAUGGUGAUGAAUUUGGAAGAGAAGGUCUCUUCCCUGGAAACGGAAGUGUCGGUGCUGAGUGCCGAGCUUGACGAGUGUCGGCAGGUGGUCCAAGAGAUGGGCAGUGCUUUUGGAGGUGGCGGUAUUGCCGAUAUGCGGCGCGACAUGGAACAGAUGUCGAUUCAGAUCGGUCUGCUCCAACGUGCAGUGAGUAACGCCCCUGUUGUUGCUCAAGAUCAUGGUGCUAGGCUUCGGAUUCCUGAACCGAAGGCCUAUGGGGGUGCUCGGGAUGCGAAGGAGGUCGAGAACUUCCUUUUUGAUAUAGAACAAUACUUCCUUGCGGCAAAUGUGGAAGACGAGGCAAGGAAGGUGUCGACGGCGACAAUGUAUCUAACGGGUGAUGCCAAGCUGUGGUGGCGCACCAAAUAUGCGGAGAUCCAAGCCAAUCAGUUGCGGCUUGAUACCUGGGCUCUUCUUCGGGAAGCGAUUCGAGAGCAGUUCUUCCCGGAGAACGUCGAGUACAAUGCCAGGCGGGCAUUGCGAAAGUUGGAGCACACAGGCUCCGUGCGGGAGUAUGUGAAAUCGUUCUCGGCACUGAUGCUGGACAUUCGGGAUAUGUCGGAGAAGGACAAGCUCUUCACAUUCAUGGAGGGCCUGAAACCGUGGGCGCGUCUUGAGCUGCAGCGCCAACGGGUGACUGAUUUGGGGUCGGCUAUGGCAGCGGCCGAACGCUUGACAGAUUUCAACCCAGAGGGCCGGAGGGACAGGCAGACGACGCCUGGUCCUGUACAGAAUAAGCCGGGCGGGGCGAGAUCAUUCAAGAGUAACUCCAAUAGAGGUGGGGGAGAUCGGAAGCCCCACGCUCAGAGUAGUUCAAUGGGCAGUUCGGGCAAGAACAGGCCCCAGGAGACAAAGCAGGGGGCGCCGCAGAAGAACAGUGGAUGCUUCCUAUGCGACGGCCCGCAUAGAUAUCGGGACUGCCCGAAGAAACAACUUGGUGGGCAUGAUUCGGAAGAAGAGGAGGACAACUUGGGCGCCAUCUCCCAAUGGUGCAACACGCUGUCCCAAGUGGCGGCAAAGAAGUUGGUGCCACCGCAUGCGAGAAAGACUGCCCCGGCUCUUACUGCGAGCCAGCCUGAAGAGGAAGCACAGCCCCGGAAUCCUCGGAAGAAAGGGCUGAUGUUUGUGGAUGUGAAGAUUCAUGGCAAGCCCAUCCGUGCCAUGAUCGAUACUGGAGCUACGCACAACUACCUUGCGAGCGCCGAAGUAGAGAGACUUGGGCUCGUGCUGGAGAAGGGAGUUGGGCGAGUAAAGGCGAUAAACUCGGCCGCACAACCCAUUGCUGGUGUGGCCAAAUCUGUGCUGAUUAAGGUUGGUUCUUUUGAGGGCAAGACCAACCUUUCUGUCGUGGUGAUGGACGACUUCAAGCUCAUCCUCGGGCUUGAAUUUUUGCGGGAUACACGUACAGCGGUUUUGCCGCAUGUUGAUUCGUUGAUGAUGUUGGGGGCCAAACCUUGUAUUAUCCCCACGUUGGCCGGACGUACAGGAGAGAAAAAUCUGUCGGCCAUGCAGUUGGAGAAGGGGCGCAAGCGGAACGAACCAUCCUACUUGUGCACCCUUCGUUUUGACGAAAUUGAGGAGACGUCAGGGCCCAUCCCUGGCGAAAUAAAGAAGUUGCUGAAAGAGUUCGAAGACGUGAUGCCGGACGAGCUGCCUCGGAAGCUUCCGCCGAAGAGGGCAGUGGAUCACGAAAUCGAGUUGGUGCCAGGCACGAAGCCGCCCGCCAGGGCACCAUACAGGAUGUCGCAGCCUGAGCUGGUGGAGCUUAGGAAACAACUGAAGGACAUGUUGGAGAGCGGAAUAAUCAAACCCGCUAAGUCGCCGUAUGGGGCGCCGGUCCUAUUUCAGAAGAAGGCCGACGGCUCCCUACGUAUGUGUUGUGACUAUCGGGCGUUGAACAAGAUUACAGUGAAGAACAAGUACCCGAUACCGUUGGUGGCGGAUUGCUUUGACCGUCUUAGCCGGGCGAAAUAUUUCACCAAGAUAGACUUGAGGUCGGGCUACUGGCAGGUCCGAAUCAAGGAGGGCGAUGAAGCGAAGACGACAGUGGUCACACGGUAUGGAGCUUUCAAAUUAUUAUCGGCGUUUUGUGAAGGGCUACUCCGAGAUAGCUCGGCCCCUGACGGAUUUAUUGAAGAAGACGGAGACUUGGAAUUGGACACCCCAAUGCCAAGUCGCCUUCGACAAUUUGAAGAAAGCAAUUGUGACAGACCCUGUGCUGGCCUUACCGGACAUGUCGAAGCCGUUCGUGGUGGAGACAGACGCUUCAGACUUUGCGUUAGGAGGGGUCCUAAUGCAAGAUGGCCAUCCAGUUGCCUUUGAGAGCAAGAAGCUUAAAGAUGUUGAGCGGCGCUAUUCGGUGCAUGAGAAGGAACUACUAGCUGUCGUUCAUUGCCUAAGAUUAUGGCGGCAUUAUUUGUUGGGCUCUCACUUCGUGGUCAGGACGGACAACACUGCGGACAUCGUCAGUGACCGGGACUCCCGUUUCACUGGCGUCUUUUGGACCGAGCUAUUCAAAAUCCUCGGGUCCAAACUUUCUAUGAGCUCGAGCUAUCACCCACAAUCUGACGGCCAGACGGAACGCUUUAAUUCGAUGUUGGAGGAAUACCUUCGGCACUUUGUGCGAGGUACGCAGAAGGAUUGGGUGAAGCUCUUGGAUGUCGCUCAGUUGUGCUUCAAUGCUCAAAAGAGCUCUUCGACCAACAAGAGCGCUUUUGAAAUUGUCACUGGGCAGCAACCGCUCCUCCCUCACACUCUCGACUCUCCACAAAGUGUGAGAUCCCCUCUCGCCCGAAGCUUCUCCCAGGAAUGGAAGCAGAACGUUGACAUCGCCAGAAGUUGCCUGGAGAAAGCUCAGAAGCGGAUGAAAAAGUAUGCUGAUCAAAACCGCCGCUUCAUCGAGUUCAAUGCGGGAGACCUUGUGAUGGUGAAGGUCCCAGACCCAAGAUUAUCGAAGUCAUCAAGGGGGAGAGAUCCUCGGUUGAUGCAAAAAUAUGUUGGCCCUUUAUCUAUCAUAAAGCGUAUUGGAACGGUGGCCUACAAGGUAGAGUUGCCUUCCUGGUGGAAAAUCCAUAAUGUCUUCCAUGUGAGUCAGCUAAAGAAAUAUUCAGCAGACAAGGAGGACGAUGCCCGCAAUCAGCCCAGCCGCCCGCAACUUGAAUUGACGAAGACUAAGGAGAAGGUGGCUGAAGCUAUCCUAAAUCACCGAGUUACGAGUACCGCAAAGCGCAACCACACGGAGUACUUGGUGAAAUGGAGGGGAUGCAGCAGCGAGGAGAACACUUGGGAGCGGGUGACGAACCUCAAGGCGUUUCUACCUCUUGUCGAAGCGUAUCAUGCUUCUCAUGCGCCGAGGACGUCGCCAUCUCAGGUGGGGGAGAAUGUCAAGGGCCGCCCGCGCACUCGGCACCCUUGA